AUGUACGUUCAGUCGUGGUUCCCGCGGGAAUCAACGACGCAGACAACUGAUGGAGAUCUCAUGAAUGUGACUGGGUUUUCGCAGAAACCGGGAUGCUGCUGCGCCACGGUCUUCCUUUCGGCAGGGUUGUUGAUCUCGGAUAGGGGCUGUGGCCCUGUUGCCCCUUGUUGACAGUAGCGCUAUCCAACCGCCCGGGGCUGCAGCAGCCGUGGCAGCGGGAAGUUGCGCUGGCGUCGAGUUCGCGAUGGCCAGCAGCUUAUCCCAGACAACACGUGGAGCCGUCACUGGAUGCCAUUGGUUUGCUAUGUCCUGCCAAAACUGAGCAACUUCCUCUGGGUCCAUG